GGAACCGCACCCGGAGCCGUGCUUCCCGGGACGCCACUCCUCUCUCCUCCCCGCGAGGUGUGCCCCUCCUGUCCCGGCGCCGCGCUCCCCGCACACCCCACUUCCUCAGUCCCGGCAUUCCCUCCCCACGCCUCGGACGCCCCCUUCUCCGCUGGCUGCACUUCGGGUGCGCGUCCCGCCGGGCAGGGAGUGGUCGAGGGUUUCUGGAGGCACCGGGGCGGCGGGGUCGGCCGUGCAGGGUGGGGGCCGGGCGGCUCUGCGCUCCCCGGGAGCCGGGCAUACUCCGUGGUUCCCACUUCGCCGCGGGGUUAUAGACCCAGGAACCGCCCGGCCCCGGGCCAGAAACCGGCACAGAGCUGGCCUCUGUUCCCACCUCGCUUAGAGAAUCGAGCCGACCCUGGAGGCCGGGGGGAGGCGAGUCCGGUUGCACUUCGGAGAGCGCAACAGGCAGGUAGUUUACUUUCAAAAAACGCCGGGGUGGAGCAGAAGGCGCCCGGCAAGUCUCUGCCCGAGAAGUCCCGGUUGGAGGCAAUCUCACCGCACCGGGGCAGCCUUCGCCGGGAGCAGGAUCUCAUUUCCUCCUGCAGUCUUUGAACCGCCCCAAGCUAGCGCACCCAGAGAAGUGUGAAGCUUUAUUAAAAUUUAAACGCGUUGGUGGUGGAGGCAGGAGCGGGGCGGAGCCGCGGCCUGGCUGCCGGGGGAUGAGCUGGUGAGAGUUGGAGCCGAGAAAUCUGUGGCUCGAUUUUCACAUCUUCAACCCAGAAUUUGUUCCUGUCGAAGAGUGGCUCCUUGAUUCCCAGGCGCUUUGAGGUUUUAGGAGUCCAGUAGGUGAAAUUCUCUACCUCUAAGGAGAAACGGUACCUGCUCCUUCUGCACGAGCAAGCUCUCCAUUGCUAUGGAUACCGAAUCCACGUAUUCUGGAUAUUCUUACUAUUCAAGUCAUUCCAAAAAAUCUCACAGACAAGGGGAAAGAAAUAGAGAGAGGCACAGAUCACCCCGGAGUAAGGAUGGCAGAGGGUCAGAAAAAUCAGUCACCAUUCAAGCUCCCACCGGAGAGCCCCUGUUGGCAAAUGAUUCUACUCGGACAGAGGACGCUCAGGAUGACAACUGGGGCGAGACCACCACGGCCAUCACGGGCACAUCGGAGCACAGCAUCUCGCAGGAGGACAUCGCCCGCAUCAGCAAGGACAUGGAGGACAGCGUGGGGCUGGACUGCAGGCGCUACCUGGGCCUCACGGUGGCCGCGGUGCUCGGACUCCUGGUCUUCCUCACCCCCAUCGCCUUCAUCCUGCUGCCCCCCAUCCUGUGGCGGGACGAGCUGGAGCCUUGCGGCACCAUCUGCGAGGGACUCUUCAUUUCCGUGGCCUUCAAGCUCCUCAUUCUGCUCAUCGGCACCUGGGCGCUGUUUUUCCGCAAGCAGAGAGCCGACGUGCCGCGGGUCUUCGUGUUCCGUGCUCUUCUCUUGGUCCUCAUCUUUCUUUUCGUCGUCUCCUAUUGGCUUUUCUACGGGGUCCGCAUCUUGGACUCUCGGGACCGGAAUUACCAGGGCAUCGUGCAAUACGCCGUCUCCCUCGUGGACGCCCUCCUCUUCAUCCACUACCUGGCCAUCGUCCUGCUGGAGCUCAGGCAGCUGCAGCCCAUGUUCACGCUGCAGGUGGUCCGCUCCACCGACGGCGAGUCCCGCUUCUACAGCUUGGGACACCUGAGUAUCCAGCGAGCUGCGUUGGUGGUUCUGGAAAACUACUAUAAAGAUUUCACCAUCUAUAACCCCAACCUCCUAACAGCCUCCAAAUUCCGAGCAGCCAAGCACAUGGCCGGGCUGAAGGUCUACAACGUAGAUGGCCCCAGUAACAAUGCCACUGGUCAGUCCCGGGCCAUGAUCGCGGCAGCCGCUCGGCGCAGGGACUCGAGUCACAACGAGUUGUAUUAUGAGGAGGCGGAACACGAACGGCGGGUGAAGAAGCGGAGAGCGAGGCUGGUGGUCGCGGUGGAGGAGGCCUUCAUCCACAUCCAGCGUCUCCAGGCCGAGGAGCAGCAGAAAGCCCCAGGGGAGGUGAUGGACCCCAGGGAGGCCGCGCAGGCCAUCUUCCCCUCCAUGGCCCGGGCUCUGCAGAAGUACCUGCGCACCACCCGGCAGCAGCACUACCACAGCAUGGAGAGCAUCCUGCAGCACCUGGCCUUCUGCAUCACCAACAGCAUGACCCCCAAGGCCUUCCUGGAGCGGUACCUCAGUGCCGGCCCCACGCUGCAGUACGACCGGGAACGCUGGCUCUCCACGCAGUGGCGGCUCGUCAGCGACGAGGCCGUGACCAACGGGCUGCGGGAUGGACUCGUUUUCGUCCUCAAAUGCUUGGACUUCAGCCUCGUAGUCACUGUGAAGAAAAUCCCAUUCAUCGUGCUCUCGGAAGAGUUCAUAGACCCCAAAUCUCACAAAUUUGUCCUUCGCCUGCAGUCCGAGACGUCAGUUUAACAAUUCUAUAUUUGUGGCUUUAUUAAAAAACGAAAAAAAAAAAGAAUAUAUAUAGAGAGAUAUAUGUGUACCAGAGGGACGUCUUUGUUUUUAUUCUUCUUCAUUGCUGAUUGAACGGGCAGACGAGAGACCAGGGUCCUUUGACCCUCUGCACUUUAUUUGGAAGGAAGCCGAAGACGUCCAUCCUGGAAGACAGUGACUGCAGACAGCUGGCUUGUGGAUGGGGCGUCUCAAGGAGCCGUUCCCCGGCGUUUCUGUGACAGCUGCAAACCAAAGCGGAGCUGGAGGUUCUUGGGAACCUUGCCUUACAACGCAUCCUUGCCUUUCGUCCAGCACCCGGCCCUGCCCCUUGCUUCUGGCCGUCCCACUCGUGGGCCUCAAGGGGACGCACCUCUGUCCUGUUUCAGGGAACCAGACAGGACACAUCUGCACCGCAGGAGCCACAGGCUGUUCACAAAACGCCUGCCUUCAUCUUUCUUCUCUGUCGCCUCAGGUUCUGCAGAGAAAGAACACAACGGAUGUGCACUGUCAGUUUACAGACUUAAGGAUUUUUUUUUUUUCCCCAAAGAGAACCUGCUUGCUCCGUUUCUGACCUGCUUCCCUACCGGAUUGAGCCAGUGGCCCUUUCCUAACACUGGGGUGGCCCACCCGUCCCCACUCCGUCCUGCCCCCCAACACACACCCCACACCCCACCUGGCUGGCAGGCCCGGCCGGGGAGCACAGCCAUCAGAGCCACCCGGGACCAGGCUCUUCAUGUGUGCCCGCCGUCUCCAGGCACAGCCUAAGUCUGCCCCACGGAUUGUUUGCUUGCAUAGGGAAGGGUAGAGUGGCCAGCAAAUAGAUCCCAGGGGGAGCAUGCCAGCUAGGAUGUCCCUUUCAGGCUGCGGCAGGGGCCCGUCCCUCCCAGUCCUCCUCCCGCUGCUCCGCACCCACCAGGGGGAGACCCAUGCUGUCACUCUGGGACUGGUGCGGUCAGCUUGGAGCCUCUGUUUCCCAGGCGAUGCGUUCUUACAAAGCUCCAGAACAGGUUGCCCGCCCAGGGAGACCAGGCAGCCCCCACUGCAGUGACAACUGCUGCAUCCAGUCCCAGGCCUCAGACCACCGUCACUGUGCGCUCCUCGCCUCCGCCCCUUACCAGCAAGAAGGGGCUUCUUGAGGCCCUGGUGCUUCAUUCCUUGUAGAUGGCGGUAAGGUGAGGAGAGGGCAUGGGCAAGCUGCAGCAUUCGGGGAAAGGAGAGUGGAGAGCCAGUCUCACGGUCCAGAAGGACACCUGUGCGGUCUGUUCCUUAGAUGCAGCUGGUUUUAGUGGGCCUUUCCCGGGCCUCAGGGAGCAGCGGGCCGGGGUGCGGGUAGAAGCACCGCGGGGCAGAGCCCUGCAGCCACCUUCGCUGCCUCCGUCCGCCUUCCCGUGUCCACAACAGACCUUUGCAAAAUAUGCGCUCUCGCUUUUCCCAGGUGUUGAGGGUAACCCGUCACCUUGCUUUAGCAAAGGAUGACGCAGUCUGACGGGCUUUGUGUGUGUGUUCACAUGGCGAUGCAUUCCACAAGCGGUGCAGUGUUUGUUAGUAUUGUUUUAAACCAGAAUGGGCUUUGGAUAUUCGUCACACCCGUACCUGAAAAAGUAAAGCGUGUUCCUUGAAUCACCAGCCUUCGGGUCAAAGAUGUGUUGAAAAAGAAGGAAGGGGACACACCAGUUGGUGUGGCGUAGCGCCAAGAGGGACUCUGCACGGUUUCCGUUUAUGAAAAACAAGCACCAUGUCACCAUGGUGCUUUUUGUUCUUCGUAGUUUUGCCUUUAGGUCCCUUCAAGCUGGACAUUCCUUAUGAUGAUGUCUUUCUCAGGAAUAUAUUUUGGGAGAUUGGACAAGGGACGGUGAAUGUGUAUGAGACUUUGGCUGGGUAUAAAGGUUAUACUGUCUCAGACUAAAUAUAGCAGAGGCUGCUGUGUCAGAAACCCAGCAGAAAUGCCAUACGUGUGUGUGUAUAUAUAUAUAUAUAUAAAUAUAUAUAUAUAUGAUUCACGAUGACACUAAAUGCAUCAGCAUUCUAAAAUACUGUGCUUCCAACCCUGUCUUAAAAUACCAGUCCAGGGAGUUCCCUGGUGGGCUGGCAGUUAAGGAUCCGGUGUUGUCACAGCUGCGGCUCAGGUCACUCCUGUGAGGCAGCUUUGAUCCCUGGCCUGGGAACUUCUACAUGCCUCGGGCAUGGCCAAAAAAACAAAACAAAACAACAGUCCAGAAGGGGUUACGUUGGAUUCGUGGCUUUGGUGCCUGCCUUGCCAGCAGGGUGAAGAAAGGUUUAAAUUAAAGAAUUUAGUUCCUCUCUACCCCUUUCUCUUUCUCCCAGUCUUUGCAUAGGAGAAUGUCAGACUUUGUGAAAUUAUUGUUUCCGUGUUAAAUUGAAUAUCGAUUUUUUUUUUUUUACGCUGACUUUGUAUUGAGUCCUUUUGGAAAGAUUAACAUAAUAAAAUGCAGGAUCUUUGUAUCAAGACUUUGCACUUGCAAACCCUUUACAGCUUGAGUUACUGUUGCAGUGGGAACAAUGUAAAUGUCAUUUUAAAAAAAUUAAGGUUUCAGAAGAGCUGCCUCACACAGCUGAACACAGUGUGUUUCUAUUUCAGUUCUUGAAACUGUAACAGCCCACAGGCUAUUCCUUUUAAAAGGGGUAAACUGUGCCUGGGGCUCAUAGAAUUAGUAAGUUCCUGUUAGAGGGGACAAGAUCUUGUUUGCCUUAAGUGUUUAUAGAUUUUCUAUAACUUUCCACCUAAGUUAUUAAAAUGUGAAUGUUAACCAGUAAGAAGUAGAAAAACCUUCGUGAGGAGUGUGUGUCUGAGAUCACGCUCUUCCCUGGUGACGUUUUAACCGGUGAAUAAUUUCUGUCACUUUCGAAGAUGACAAUUUUUCGUCGUCCACAAACGGAACAUUGACGUCUGCGUUCGUAGAGCUGGAAGGGAUUUUUAGGUUUUGUGGUGCAUCCAUUGUUUUCAUUAUGUUAAAUGGAAACACAUAAUACUUUUGCUCAGUUUUACAAAGUGAUCCCUAGAGAAAAUGUUGGACCAGAUUUUUUUGCCCAACCGUCAUCAUCUCCGUUUCUCCCUCUCUGUCCUUUUCAAAUCUACACACAGGACACAUUCUGUACAGUAGAUGGGCCCUGGGAGCCGAGGGCUGUGUGUGUGUGUGUGUGGGGGGUCUGCAGUGGGGAGUUUGUGGCUCUGCGGGUGUGGGGUGUGUGUUGGGUGGGGAUGAGCUGCUCCCCUCUCCUUAGCAUAGCCGGUGCUAGUGGGGACACUCACUCUUGUGUCUCCUGGUCGCUUUGUCUUGAUGGGUUUAGAUGAGUCUGCGGCUCUGUGGGAAGCCACGAGCCUUGGGGCUGACAGAGCUGAUGACUCUCCUUAUUCCCCUCCCCCUCCCCCAGGAGGGUGUGUAUUGCAGCCACUCGUGAAGUCACCAACAAGCCAGGUCCUUGGUUUACGCUCCUCCAAGUGGACUUUGCCAUGUAAGGCUCCCACCCAGGGACGCAUGUUUGUUUGGGGGUAUGUGUUUCUGUGUGUGUGAGUGUUUCUCUGAGUGUAAUUAGCAGCAGGACAGCAUGUUUAUGUUAGACAUCCAAACAUCUGUGUUAUCUGAAGCAGAUGGGUGUGUAUUUCAGAAAAUUACUUGUGGAUGUGUUUGUAUGGAUGAGUGGAUGUGAGCUCAUGUGUUUCUGCAUAUGCUCUGUGUUGGAGAGAUUUCCUAACUGCACCCAUCUUCUGGGGGAUUACUCUAAAGCCAGCUACUUCGCCCUUCCUUUAUUCCUUUCCCUCGGUUACACUGGCUUCCCCCCAAAAGUAAAUGGCUUUAGCACAGCGAUGUCUUCUGGAGAGUCUGCUGUCCUGCAGGCAAGUCCAUUAGGCUCUUUCUUGCCCCAGGACCCUAUGACCUGAAAAUAGCAAGAAACAAAGAAAGAAACGUCAAGCUCCCUGAGAAGGACUCUUGCAAUUUCACGACCCUGGAAGCCUUACUGUAGAUUUCUCAAUAGAACCUAAAAAUUGAGCUUCAUUUUAAAAAAGAUUGAUUACUAAAAAGUAGCCCAGAAGUGGAGCCAUAAUAUUUGACUAGUCCAACAGAGACCCUGCGGUUCUAAAGCGUUAGUGUUAAGUACUUCGGGGUAGUGUGUAUGCUUUAUGGAUUUUGUUUUACACAAAAUAAAUCACUGCUGUGAAUUUCCUACCAUUAA